AUGCAGGAUUUGACGUUUCCGGACUCGGUUCAGCGUCAUUCACUCGAACAGGCACUCGUAAAGAUCAUGGUCAACGCUAAGGGUCGUUGGUUCCGGACACAAUGCAACAACAGACAGCAGUUCACACGUACACACAUACACAGAGGCCCACAUAAUCACAACAUGGCGGAACGAAAGGCGACCAUCAAGAAUGCCGACAUGACGGAGGACAUGCAGCAGGAUGCCGUCGAGUGUGCAGUAGCGGCAAUGGAGAAGUUCAACAUCGAGAAGGACAUAGCCUCCUACAUCAAGAAGGAAUUCGACAAGAAGUACAACCCCACUUGGCACUGCAUAGUUGGGCGUAAUUUCGGCAGAUGCUGCCAUAACUCAUUUCGGCUUCUCCUUAAUUUACCAAUUGGAGUUCCACCUCAUUGGCGUGGUAACCAAACAAUUGUUGUUGGGCGCGAUUUCAAAAAACACACCUUAAACUGCCAUUGUUGCCAUGUCUUCUUCCAGCAUUAUACAGUCAAGUGCAUUAUUUUUGUUUACUUUUGUAGCUAUGUAACGCACGAGACGAAGCACUUUAUCUACUUCUAUCUUGGACAGGUCGCUGUACUCCUGUUCAAGUCCGGCUAA